AGUAGAAAACCGUCGGCUCUAAAAACAUUCCAAACUCAUCUUCAACACGAUGACAGAAGUAGUUUAAAUAGGAGUGGAAUAAAUACCUUUAGCUUUCUUUGACUGACGAAUUACAAAAAGGAUGAAGUGUUCUGAAGGGAUCUGUUGGGUUUCUCGCCAUUUUAUCGCAAUCGCUGUUCUUUUUGUAGUUACUCAAAGUCUGUUACAGUAUGAGGUUGUUGCUCAAGAAUCAGACUCUGACCUACCUAUAUGCAACAGAAGUCAAAACUUUUUCCUUCUUAAUUCAUCGACAACAACACUACAGAACUUUAGCAGCCCAAACUUCCCAGCAGACUACCCAACUUACAGUUACUGUAUAUGGGUACUCACGGCACCUAUUGGAAAGCUAGUGAAACUCGUCUUUAGUUCGUUUUCUAUAUAUUCACCUUCUGCUUCAAAUUCAAGAGAUUGUCCUUAUGCAUACGUCAAGGUCACAGAGCAAGACAAGCAGGGAAAUUCUCAAGUUGUUGGAAGUUUUUGUGGAAAUCAACCUCCACAAACUAUAUAUUCCAGUGGAGGGAGCUUGAGGGUAGAAUUCAAAAAUACUUUUAGAGCAUCAGCUAAAGGAUUUGUGGCUAAAUAUGCUGCAAUACAACCAGGGACAGCAUGCUCAGAGCACAACUCCCUUGAUGAGAAUACCAACAUUCUACUUGAUGCAUCUACAGGACGCAUCGUAACACCACAAUUUACUGAUUCCUUUUCCAAGGCAAUAGACUGCACAUGGAAGAUUACACUCCCUCCAAAAAAUGGAGUGAACAUGUCAUUUCAUGCAUUCAAACCCAAGAAGCAAGUACCAUGCAGUGACGCUGCUUUAGAGGUUUAUAAUGGUCGUUAUGGGCGUGGCCAUGGUGCUCAACUAGGUGUCUUUUGUGAGAGUUCAGUAUUGCCUGUUAUAUAUUCUGCUGGAAGGUACAUGUCCCUUCGCUGGAGAGGAAAGAAUCCUGAGAGUGCUAUUGAAUUUGAGAUGGACUUCAGAUCCAUUCAACAAAAGGUGAAUGGUUCCUGUGACCAGAUGGAUAGGCUGAGGAGUGUUGUCAGAUUAGAGGGAGUUGCUGGAAGUAUUUUUAGUCCAGGCUAUCCAGAAGAAUACCCAAACAACAAGGAAUGUGCAUGGCAUCUUUCUGUCCCAUCUGGGUUUAACAUCAGACUUAAAUUUCUCACAUUUCAACUUGAAUCCAGUGGAAAUUGUAAAUCAGACUUUGUGGAAGUAAGAGAUGGAGACUCACCAACAAGCCCUCUAAAGAAUGCGUUUUGUGGGUCGUCUCUUCCACCUGUAUUAAUAUCAAAAGGCAGGCACAUGUAUGUGAGUUUUAGGAGCAACUUUGCUUCAAGUGGGAAAGGUUUUCUUGCUGUCUUUGAAUCUACAACUGAAGCACCUAAAACCAUCACGACCCCAUGGGUGCAACCAGGCAUUUGCUCCCCAGAUUACACCUCUACUGUUAAUAACAACUUAAAGCUGUCUGGAUCAUCAGGGGUUAUCCUGAGCCCCCUCUAUCCCUCCCAGUACCCUAACAGCAUCAGCUGUACCUGGAAAAUAUCUGUUCCAGAUGAUAAAAGAAUACGUCUUGAGUUUGAUGACUUCUGGAUUGACGACCAACGUGGUUGCCAUGGUGACUACCUGGAGGUACGAGAUGGUCCUGGUACUUCAAGCCCAAUGCUUGGCGAUAAAUACUGUGGGAAUAAAAACCCUGGGGAGAUCUACUCAACAGGCUCGAGUAUAAGGUUGCAGUUUGUUUCAGAUGCUAGUGGUACCAGCCAUGGGUUUAAGGCCAAAUAUUCAGCCGUUAGCAAGCCUUUCAAUCGGUUUAUCGCUGUAGGUAUUGCUAUCGGAGCCAUUGUCAUAGUACUGAUAGCCAUUCUCAUUUACUGCAAGAUCAAGAAAAAGAGAAGUAAAGAUUUAGAAGAUGACAUAGAGGACUUUGAAGAUGGCCAAGGGACGAUAGAUUCCAGGCAAGCUGAAACACCAGGCAACCCGUUGCUUAGCAAUGGAGCCGAGACGCACCAUAACAACGCCACGCCGAAUGACCGCUACAGUGUCAAUUAUGAACCAAGACCAGUUGCUAUGGAAACACUCCUUAACGACCAAGGGAGUAUUAAAAAUGACUUGACCGAGGAAGAGUGUGCAUGGUUUAAACCAAGUAAAAGGAAAAGUAAAGGUUUCGAGUAGUUUUACAUGGAUGAAUAGGUUUUAGUUCCAAAGCAGCUGAAGGAAAGAAAUUUUCAAACGUUGUCUUUCGUGAACUCUGCAACAUAACCCGCGAAAUUCGACAUUGCACAAUCCUUGCAGACUUCAAAUCCUCAUUCCAUAUUAUCACACGAGAUUGGUAUGUCUUGUAUUGCUGAACAAUGUGUACGGCGUACAGCAGGUCAUUAGGACUGUUUCAAAAGCUGUCAACUUGAAAUAACCCGAUGCUAACCUCAAAUACCAUACCGUAAAUUCCCAUCCCACACCCGGAUAAAUAACCAUUUCUCACCCCAAGUAAAAACCCUCACGACUAAGUAUAAGGCCAGGGGUUAUGACCGGGGUUUUACGGUAUGCGCUCAAAAUCUUCCGAUGGCUUUGCCAAACUUUGUGAAAGUUGGCUUAUUGAACAGAAACUAAAUACCUUGAAUGAACUAUGAGCACAAGACAGACCAAAACACGUGUGAUGCUAGUACAAGGGUAUUACGUGGAGAAAACAAUGUAUCUCACUGAAAGAAGAAUGGCCGUCUGUACUACCACUAGUAUCUUCAAAUAUAGCAAACCUUUGGUGUCUAACGACACUAAUUCAAGUAUGCAGUCAGGGUGUGGGAGAGGACUUAGCAAGAAAGUCUGCGUCCCGAAAGAAUGACCACGAUACCUAAUGCUUUACCGACUGGGUACAACACUACUUUACAGUAUUUAUCCUUUAUGGCUGUGUUUUUGUAUUAUAGAUUAUAUUUUCCAAUAGUGCAUGUAUGUACAUAUUUUCUAGGGGUCAAGCCCCAAUGGAUGCUACUAUAGUUGUAUACCUUUUUGUAAGGAUACGGAAAUAUUUAUGUAACAUUGCUCAGCUAGAACUGCACUCAUUUGACUUAGUCUUGAUUUCUAGCCUUUGACGCUUCGUGCAUAUAUAUCCACGUACACCCCUGUGGCGCUUAAGGGAGAGUAUCGCGGAGACACAAACCCCCAAAGGCUGUAAAUGUGGACCAAGAGUUAUAUAUUGCGAGUAAUGGUAUUUUUAAGAGUAUACCCGCUUAUAAGCGGUCCGCUGAUAAACGGAUGGGUAGAGGGAGGGAACGAAAGAUGAUGUCUGACUUGUCUAAAUUACCAGCACUUGGUAAUUAAAUUUCAACGCGAAAAAAAUUUUGAAGUUCAAAACGCCUAGUUUCUUAGAAUAGAGUGUUUUUAAUCAUCGUCCAUAAUGCGAAAGGUUUCUUGUAAAGAAACGAUUUUGUUGUUCUAAAUAAACUAAAAGAAAGAAUUCCUCUAACCACA